CCAAUCGCCAUCCAGUACCCGCCACUGCCAAACAUCCUCAGUGGCAGCUGCUGUCAUCAAUCCAAGCCUCGACUCUUCAUCUUUCCAACACAACAAAGCAAGCCUGCAAGAGACUUGGAAGAAACACAUUAUCCCUCAACUGGAUGCAAAUUGCGCUUUGUAAAACAUAACAAUCAACCCCUGAACCUUUCCGUGCUUGGCAAUUCUGGUGCCUCAACCUCAACAUGUAAUUGGGACUUCCGGUCGCAUUCAAUCUCGCCGCCGCAAUACUCCGGAAACAAACACACGGAACCUGGGCGCCACCUGGUUUCAACGAUGACGUCCCGACCGGCCCCGACCCCGAUCAGCGCGCCAAAGCCGGCUUUGCUAUCCGAUCUUCCUCCCGUUUCGGCCCUCUUCCUCAUCGAGUUUGACGUCAAAGCCGGUUACACUAUCACUUGGAAGAAAGCCGCGCCUGGAAUAUCUCUCGAUGGCGCCGUCGAGUACAAAAGCUUACCCUCGGGGCUUCACACUGUGUCACAAGACCUGAUUUACUUCAUUCACGAGGGGGAAUAUGCCGGCCUUAGUGCAUUCAUCAACGCAAAAACCGAAGAGGAGGCUACCCGCAACGCGCGCAUGAUUGCGGUUGGAGUGUUGGUGCCUUUGAGUUACGGGCGUCUCGGUAGAUCAUGGAGACAUGCCGAGGGGCUCAGAGAAAUGGCCAUGAAGCUUGCCGUUGAGAACAAGGACUUGAGCAUAUUGGAGACCUACUGGGAGAAGAACAAAGCGCACGAUUCAAUGUCUCCUAGUGCCGAGCCCCCUAAAGAGUCACCACCAAGCUCACCAUCUGUCACUUUCCAGCCGGGCGCGACGCAGAGUCAGUUUAGGAAACGAACCGGCUCAGAUGCACAGGCUCUUGUACCACCAGGUCACCAACUAUCCCCUUUUCACCCAGCCUGGAGCCUUAGCGAUUUACUGGACACCUUUGGCCCAUUGAUAUUUCCAAUUCAUCGAGCGGCUUUGCUGCGGAAGCGCAUCCUUAUAUCGACAUACGCACCCGUGCACCAGGCGUGUGACUUUGUGUAUGACAUAUCGAUCUUGUCGAACAUUCCUCUCUCUUUGUUCGAUCUCCUCGACCCCACAGCACCAGCUCAACGUCUAAGACCUCUUUUUAAUAUUGGUGUAAAUGACAUCGCUUUCUUGUCCGAAGAUGCCGCUGCCGCAGUUUCCAAGAAGCGUUGCGCCUCAUCAGCCUCUGCCAGUCACUCGGAACAGAGCUCACUUCCAGAACAAGCUGCGGGUAGCGGAUGGGUCGCUUGUACAACCGAUAGUAUCCUAGCGAUGAAACCAGAUCUGUGGGAUAUGCUCAUCACCAUGCCAGCCCCGCAUACUGCGGGCGCCAAAGAAAGGGUAUGGCCAACAAUAGAGCUGCCAGGCCAUGUUCCCGUUCGUGCAACCCAGCGCGACUUACGGCGGUUCCGGAGCUUGCGAGCAGGCAUCAUACGCCUGGCACGUCCAAUGAGCGCUCGAUCCGAACGCCCUGGCACAUCUUCAGGUUGGUCGGCCGCAACGGCCGUUGCCAAAUCUGACGAUGACUCUCUCCUCGCCGAUGCUGUAGACAAGGUUGUUGAACCUACAACAUGGGCGGCGCUGGCUUAUAGUGGCUUUAUGUGGUGGGCGAGUGCCGGCGAGCAGAGGCGUUCCGAAGAGGCCGAGGAGGUGGCUCAGGACUCCUCGUUGCUAGCUGACCUUGCUUCUGCUCCAUCUCCUAGGCGCCGUGGAAGCAGCGUGAGCGGUGGUGUCUCGGGUCAUUUGGCCAAGAACAUCGCAGUCAUGGCGGACUCAGUCAUGUCUCUCCCAGCAGCGGGGCAAAUGAAUAUUGGGGACAGCGAUGUGGCCGCGAUAGAGGCCCCAUCGCAACAGAGCGAGCUCGGGGAUGCUGUUGAUCACACUGAGGAAGAGCGAGCUCGGGUGGAGCUGGCUAUUAUCGCCUACUUCCGGAGGCUCACGACACAGAUGCUUACAGUUUUGGGGGAUCUGGUGGACAGCAUAGAAGACGGCGACGAUGAAGAGAUGGACGAAACCGAAACCACUGAGGACUCGCCUCUGAAUCAAUCAGAUGACGGGGAUGCUUGCUUGGUCGGCUCCUUGCAUGUCGACAGCGACGCUCUCGCCCGCAUGGGCUUGGAUGUAUGGAGUGACGCCGACGUUGCGUUUGUCAAGGAAGCUACGGCAUGCUAUUUUGCCAGGAGAGCGAGGGUCGAGUCUAAAGCUGUCGAAGUUUGCGGACUACGUGUUUGCUGAAGUUGCUAGAAUUAGGGUUUGUACAGACCAUGAGUUGGACGCUGCUAUCUGAAUCAACCCGCGGCGACUCACGGUGCAUGUUGCCCAAACAAACCGAAAGCUCACCAAGGCAUGCAUAAGGCCAAGACCAGUGAUGAAGACGACCAUGAUAUUCGUUGGUAUAACAUAAUUGGGACCAUAUGAUGCAGGUCUGUCCGACGGCGUCCAUAUUGCUGAACUGUUCAGGGGAACAGUGACUAGAUGGAUAGAUUUCGUGGAAGCUAUCAUAACCAACCAGUGGGUGAAGCAUCUAUCGUGUAGAUGGUUUUCCCCCUUCGAUGCACAUGUGACAGAAGACACGGUGGUCAGGCCUCCAUAUUUCUACCAAUGUUUCAUAGAAAAUCAGUCAUUGUGAGUUUGGCCAGAGGGGUGCUUUUUACGACAUAAAUACAUGAGGAUCGGAUGGCAGGCAGCCGUUUUAGGCUUCGGAUGACUCACGGUUGUACAUUGGACGAUUUUAGGAAUAAUGCUUAAGCAGUAAGUAUUGCCUAGAUCUUCGAACUACA